AUGUCCUCGCAAAAGAUACAGCGCCUGCUUGAACCGCCUGACGUAUCCUCUGCGCAUCGUUUUGCACUAGAGUUCUUUAACUCCAACUUUGCUCACAUCGACGACCUCGAUGGGAUUGACAAAGUUCUUUCAGAAACAAAAACACGGAGUUCAGAACUCCAGCGUCAGCUCUCUGCAUCUCAACAAUCAAUUGACUUACUCGUAGCGAAGACUCGCGUGGCGGCACUUGAUUACCUUGACACUGCUCGUGGGCUAGCGGAGGACAGAGAGUCGAUAGAAAACGAGAUGACUUACCUCUCACACGAGCUUGACAUUGAGACCAUGCAUCGCAUACUGAAGGAACUUGAAAGUGUGCGUGUGUAUGUAGCAGUCAUAGAACGCACAUUGACUUUGAGCGAAGGAGCAUUGACGCAGUUGCGCGGUACACCAUCCCCACUUUCCAAAUCGACGACGUCAGAAUACAGCAGGCUAAGUGCCUUCGUUAGUGAUGUUAGUCGGAAAUGCGACAGUGUGCAAGAUAUCGGGAGUGCCGAGCAGUCUCUGCAUCUUGUUACAUUUGUACGGCGUAUUCGUGACAAAACAUGGUCAGAUAUAAAAGGGUUGUUUUCUACCAAACUGAAUGACGCGCUGGAAAAUCUCCAAUGGCCAAUGGCUGUGGAUUACCCUGCUGCGAGCGUGCAUGACCGCAAAUCCUUCGAAUCUGCAUUCAAAGACCUAAUAUUGCUGCAAGAAAUCGGCGAGGAUAUCGAGAGUUCAACAAAACAAGGUUCCCAGGGCUUAUACCCACUAGAAACACUCGCGCAUGCAAUAUCCCUUCGUUUCAAAUACCAUUUCGAAACUGAACGAGACACUAAUCGCCUCGACAAGCCAGAAUGGUAUCUCUCACAUAUAAUGAACGUGGUUCUUGACCAUCGACCCUUCAUGGACAACGUCAUACAACGUUUACUUUUGGGCACAAAAUACCAAUCUGUUAAUGCAUGGCAGACCAUAUAUCAGCAAAAUUACAUCACUCUCCUUGUCCCAAUCCUGGAGCGCAAGCUGCGGCGCACCGUCCCGACUUUGCUCUCUCACCCUGCCCUGUUGGCGCAUACAGUUUAUCAAACAUUAAUUUUCGAUUCCAAUAUGCGUGAAUUAGGUUAUGAAUUUGUGGUUAACACAGAGGCAAAGAAGACUGAGGAGAAAGGAGGCGUCAGCUCUGUCAUCCUUGGCCAGAAGGAGUGGUUUGAUGCAUGGUUAGAAGGCGAGAAAAAAUUUGCUGAAGACCAGUACCAUGAAAUCAUCAGUUCUCCAGAUGCAUGGAUUAUUGUUGACGAUGAUUCAAACGACACUGAAGAACACAAGUUAUCCCGCUCCGAAUUGAAGGCUACGAACUCAGCUCGUCGAAUAAAGGCUCUUGUUGAACAAGUUACUGAUCGCUACUUUCCCCUUCCCUCUUUCGCCCAUCGCACCCGUUUCCUCAUUCAUGUUCAGCUUCCUAUUCUCGAGCAGUAUUAUUCUCGUGUGUCUUCUUCCUUGGAUGCUUUCGAGACACUUUCAUCUGCCCUGGUGCGGGCGGUCCCUGGCGCACUAGGUGUUGAAGGGGCAAAGACAGACUCACGUAAGUUGACCGGAGGUGUUGAGGGCAGUCAACGGUUGUGCAAGGCGUUGCUCAGUGCGCGGUAUGUGGAGUUUGCAAUGCAACGAUGGGGAGAGGAAGAGUUCUUUUUGGAGCUGUGGACAGAAAUUAACCAUCGGGCAGCCCUACGUUCUCGGGCGGAAAUGCAUCCCUCGCUGCCGCACUCUGCAGAUCACCAGUCGAGCAAGAGCGAUGCCCCUGACUGCACUAUCUUUGAGGAACUAAUUACACAGUACACGAAGCUCGCGUCAAGGGCGGAGGACAUGCUCGUGAGUCAAAUUUGUGGUGAAACUGAAACUGCCUUGAAACCACAUUUCGUGGCUAUCACAUCUCCCAAGGAUGAAAGUGGCGCCCACAAUGCAGAUGAUGGUAUCGCCGUUCCCCCAAGUCUUCUCCCAUCUAUUGCACUCUUGUCUUCUCACCUCACCUUCCUCCGCAAUACGCUUCCGACUGCAGUGACGACGCACGUAUAUAGGCGGAUAGCAACACGUAUCUCAGAGCACAUUCUCCAGCGCGAAGUCCUUUAUCGGCCAGGGCUAACCCGGGGACAAUUCCGGACGGGUCUUUCACGGGAACAGGCGCGUUCUGUUCACGCGGAGAGCGAAUUGUGGGCGGAAACUUGUCAGGUCGCCUUGAGAACUUCGCGGGCCAGGGCUGAGGGUCCUUGGGCACGAUUACUAGUCGCAGGCAGGCUUCUCGGCGCUGGCAGACAGGACGUGGAUAGGGCCGUGAAGGAAGUCCUUGGAGGUCAAGGAGAUGGCUGGGAGGAUACUUUAGAUGCCGCAACGAGCCUCGGAUCAGGGGGGUUAGGGAAAGAGGAGGUAAAGACAGUACUCCGGCUGCGAGAUGAUCUGUAAAGGUUUAGUUGCCGACUGCAGGGCCGAGCGCUCGUGAGAGGAGAUAUGGUGAGGAGCAUGUGGAAUUUAGCGUUCGGAUCAUUGCUUUGCCGGGAUAAUAAUAUCAUUCCAACGUUGAUCAUCAGUUUCAGACCUUAUGAUCACCACGUGUUUCGACUUCAAGUCAUAACCGGUGAUGGGUAUGUAGAGAUCAUUCUAAUCAAAGAUAUAUCCCGAUUUUAGAGUUAUUAUUACAACUAGGAGGGAAUGUAAUACAACAAUAAGACGAUAAGCAAGC